AUGUCGGAUCUGUUGGAUAGCUUCUGGGCGGCGCCGCCUGUAGCUAGGAAUGUCGCAGCAGCAGUCUUCGUUGCCACCCUCGGCAUCUACUUUGGCCCUCUCCCGGCUGCGUGGUUCUACUGGCAGCCUGAACACCUCUUGAUGAUGCCGCCGCAGAUAUGGCGACUUGCGACAAACUUCCUGGUCGCAGGCCCCAAGCUCGGUAUGGUUCUUGAUCCAUACUUUCUUUUCUCCUACCUCAGACAACUUGAGGUCGGGAGCGUCAAGUUCCCCAGAAAGGAAGAUGUGGUCUGGUAUUUGGUGACAGUUUCAGGAAUCAUCCUUAUUCUCAACACCAUUUCAGGCAUCAACGCACCCUUCUGCCUCCAGGCCUUGAUCCUCUCGGUCUCCUACACGGCCACGCAGGACCAGCGGGGCCAGUCGGCCGGCUUCUUCUUCUUCACCAUCCCCGCCCAGCUGAUCCCCUACGCCAUGAUGUUUUCCACGCUAGUCAUGGACGGCCCAGACCGGCUCUUCCUUCAGGUCAUUGGCCUGUUGGCCGCCCACAUACACGAUUUCCUUUACCGCCUCUGGCCCGAGUUCGGCGGCGGCAGGAACUGGCUCGCCACCCCGGCCUUUGUGUCGCGUCUGAUCCAGACGACCGCCAGGGUUGAGCAGAGAGCUUUUGGUACAGCCCGGUACGCCGCCGCCCCAGGUGCUGCGGGCAGGACCACGGGCGCUUCGACAGGUAGUGGCCCACUUCCGGACUCGUGGAAAACGCGAGGCGCGGGUCACCGCUUGGGAUGA